ACACGGCCGGCUGCGCGGAGGGCGUCGGGCUGGGAUCGCCGAGGGCCGGGGUCGGAGCCCAGCUGCGCCCUGCCCCGCCUGAGACAGCCUCCCGGUCUCCUAGGGAAACCGACCCAACGCGCUUGGGACAGCGGCUCGGCUCGGGCAUAGCGCGCGGCUUCCUCGCGCGGACCUGUGGGCACCUAGCCAUUUGUACACCUCUGCUCCGCCCUCAGCCCUCGGUUGAGACCCCGCCCAGAAGGGGCGCCCCUGCGGCGGUGAAGGGGCUCUCGAUACGCUCCGGGGCUUUUGGCUGAGGUCUGGAUCGGACCCGCUGCACCUGGGCUGCUCCCGCCCGCGGCACUACCCCUCGAGUCGCCGAAAGAACUUUCCCCGGAGCCCUCGCGGCCUGGCGCACCCCGGGCACCCCCUGCCCCCACCUCCCGCCGCGCUCCCUGCCGGGCGCCGGCUUCUCCGCGCCACCGCCUGCAGCUCCUACGACUCCCUGCCUUUCCGAAGUCCUGCAGAAGCGGCAGCACUCCGCCGCGGCGCCAGCACAGUCCAGGAGACAGAGCUUGAACUUGGUCACCCCGGGCUCCGGGGAUGAGUUCGGGCUCCCUCGGGCGGGAGCCGCGCCCCACCACUAGCUGACCGCCCCUCGCUGGUCUCGGUAAGGCGCCCGCUGCCCUUUGGAACCCUCUGGGUCUCCGCCGACCGGGGUUUGGAGGGAGUCGCCCGAGUGACCACGCUAGCCACUGCCCUUCCCUGCGCGCCUGGCUGAGGUCCGCCGAGGCGCCGCGCGCCCCCCACCUUCGGAAGGGCCGGAGCCUCAGGAUGCGCUGGGCCGCGCCGCUGCCCUGGGGGCCCUGUUCCUCGUGCUCUGCCCGGGCGGCGGGGGGGCGCUGACUCCCCGGCCCUCUCCGCCUCCUGGCUGCGGCCCCGGACCCCCGGGAGCAGCUCCUCCCUCCCUCGCUACAGCUCGGACAAUAAAUUAAAGCUUCGCGCCUGAGGAGAGGGGGCGGCUCGGCGGCUCGGACGCUGCUUUCUCACAGCCUGGCUGGGGACUGUCUCCGCCGACAUGGGCUGUUUCUGCGUUGUUCCGGAAGAAUUUUACUGUGAAGUUUUGCUCCUGGAUGAAUCCAAGCUAACCCUCACCACACAGCAGCAAGGCAUCAAGAAGUCAACAAAAGGUUCCAUUGUCCUUGACCAUGUAUUCCGUCACAUAAACCUUGUGGAGAUAGAUUAUUUUGGGCUACGUUUCUGUGACAGAAGCCAUCAGACGUAUUGGUUGGAUCCUGCAAAGACCCUUGCUGAACACAAAGAACUGAUGAACACUGGACCUCCAUAUACUCUGUAUUUUGGUAUUAAAUUCUAUGCUGAAGAUCCGUGUAAACUGAAAGAAGAAAUAACCAGAUAUCAGUUUUUCUUGCAGGUGAAGCAAGACGUCCUUCAGGGCCGGCUGCCCUGUUCUGUCAAUAUUGCUGCUCAGCUGGGAGCAUCCGCCAUCCAAUCGGAACUUGGAGACUACGACCCGUAUAAGCACACUGCAGGAUACGUGUCAGAAUACCGGUUUGUUCCUGAUCAGAAGGAAGAACUUGAGGAAGCCAUAGAAAGGAUCCAUAAAACUCUAAUGGGUCAGGCUCCUUCUGAAGCUGAGCUGAAUUACUUGAGGACAGCCAAAUCCCUAGAGAUGUAUGGUGUUGACCUCCAUCCUGUCUAUGGAGAAAACAAGUCCGAAUAUUUCUUAGGAUUAACUCCAGUUGGUAUUGUUGUCUACAAGAACAAAAAGCAAGUGGGGAAGUAUUUCUGGCCUCGAAUUACAAAGGUUCAUUUCAAGGAGACUCAAUUUGAACUCAGAGUACUGGGGAAAGAUUGCAAUGAAACUUCAUUCUUUUUUGAAGCUCGGAGUAAAACUGCUUGCAAGCAUCUCUGGAAAUGCAGUGUGGAACAUCAUACAUUUUUUAGAAUGCCAGAAACGGAAUCAAAUUCAUUGUCAAGGAAACUUAGCAAGUUUGGAUCCAUAAGUUACAAGCACCGGUACAGUGGCAGGACAGCUUUGCAGAUGAGUCGAGAUCUUUCUAUCCAACUUCCCCGGCCUGAUCAGAAUGUGGCAAGAAGUCGAAGCAAGACUUACCCUAAGAGAAUAGCACAAACACAGCCAGCUGGUUCAAACAGCAUAAACCGGGUAACCACAAACAUGGAAAAUGGAGAAAAUGAAGGAACAACUACAAUUAUUGCACCUUCACCAGUAAAAAGCUUAAAAAAAGGAAAGAAUGAAAAUAGUCCUGAUAUCCAAAGAAGCAAAUCUCAUGCACCAUGGGAAGAAAAUGGCCCCCAGAGCGGACUCUACAACUCUCCCAAUGACCGCACUAAAUCGCCAAAGUUCCCCUGCUCGCGUCGCCGAAACCCCUCCUAUGGAAGCGACAAUGACUCAGUGCAGCCAAUGAGGAGACGGAAAGCCCACAAUAGUGGUGAAGACUCAGAUCUAAAGCAAAGGAGGAGGUCACGCUCACGCUGUAACACAAGCAGUGGUAGUGAAUCAGAAAAUUCUAAUAGAGAGCACCGGAAAAAGAGAAACAGAAUACGGCAGGAGAAUGAUAUGGUUGAUUCAGCACCUCAGUGGGAAGCUGUAUUACGGAGACAAAAGGAAAAAAGCCAGUCGGACCCCAACAGCAGGCGAUCCAGACACCGAUCUCGCUCGAGAAGCCCCGAUAUCCAAGCAAAAGAAGAAUUGUGGAAGCACAUUCAAAAGGAGCUGGUGGACCCAUCUGGAUUGUCAGAAGAGCAACUGAAAGAGAUUCCAUACACUAAAAUAGAGACUCAGGGUGACCCAGUCCGCAUCAGGCAUUCUCACUCGCCAAGAAGUUACCGCCAGUAUCGCAGGUCACAGUGUUCAGACGGAGAGCGCUCUGUCCUCUCGGAAGUGAAUUCAAAAACAGAUCUUGUACCACCACUUCCAGUGACUCGUUCUUCAGACGCUCAGGGUUCUGGUGGCUCUACAGUUCAUCAGAGAAGAAAUGGCUCUAAAGAUAGCCUGAUUGAAGAAAAAUCUCAGAUAUCCAUAAGCAAUCUGGCUGGAAAGCACACAGCAAAAACAGUAAAAACUAUCCAAGCUGCACGCCUCAAGAUAGAGACAUGAUCCUGGGAAAGCCAGGGAAGGGAGUGGGAGCCACUGGUACUUGUGAAACUGUGAAUUAGAUAAUUAUUCAAGUGUCUUAGACCUGCAAAGUGCUCCUUCAACCUAAACAUCUUUUGUUUCUUUUGAAGAUCUGACCACAGCAUACUUGUGUGGAAGGGCCUUUAACUGGAAGGACAGUAAUAUUGUAAAAGCUUACUUGAUGCCACAUCCUCCUUCCUGAAGAGCAGCAGCCAACUCCAUGUAGCUUGUCUGUGUCCACCAAAAGUAAGACCAGAUGCUUCUGACCAACAUUCUGGACCUGCAGGGAAUUUGCUCUAACAGUGGGAGGAGUGUUCUCAGCUCUAGGUGGCUUUCAGCCAGUGCUGAGGUGCACAAGGACUGUGCCAUCACUCUCAGACCAGAUAUUUUUAUUCAUAUAAAAGUUCUUUGUAGUAUUAUUUUGUGGCAUUGAGUUCCACUGGUAUUUACAAAUGUAAAAAGCUUUAAGUGUUGCAUUUAAUUUUGCAAGUGUCCUUGUCUUGUGUUUUCUGAACAAAAGAAAAGGCUAAGUGUGGAUUUCCCCAACCCUGCCUGGCCACCUAACUUGCCUGCUCCCCUAGACCUUUUCCCUCCACAGGGAAUCUUUUCGAUCUACAGGGAAAAUAAAAAUAUUUAUGCAGGACAUCUUUUUAUCCUUUCCUUACCGGUCCUGUCCUCUCCAGGUAGCAUCAACCCUAAUCCUCCACCCUUUCUUUCCUGUCUCUCCACCUGUGCUUUGGAUUCCCUCUUGGUCUCCCUCAGGAUCCUUUUUUUCCUGCUCUAUCUUAUAGAAUGUAUUCAGCCUCUUCCUUUCACCAGUUACCUUUACCAUUUGGUGUUAAACCUGUGACUGCCACCUAAUAAUCCAACUUUCACAGCCACAAAUCCCUAAUUGCAAUUUCUUUUUAUUCUCAGCUAAAUUUUUAGAGAGGAUUGCACUUCAGUGUUUUCAACUCUUCUAACCUUUCUCCCCACUACCCAGUUAAAAUCUCCCCUAGGCCUGGCAACAUCCUCUUCCUUCACUCCACCUUAACUACCUUUCCAUUAUUGGGAGCUAGGUUUUUACCCAACAGCCUUAAGGUUUAUUUUUGUAGCCCAGUGUACAAAGCAGUGUUUGAAGAGUCCGCUUGGAUUUUUCAAAGGUUUCACCUAGCUCAAACACUGCUUAUAACCAUGCAAGCUUAAGUCACAAACACCUCUACUACUAUCACUAAUUUGUUGGCUCUAUUUUCAUUUCACCACCACUGAUCCCAAACUGGUCUUGCCUAGGUCCAACUGAGGUAGUAUCUAAUUGGCCUACCUGCUCUCAACUAUUUUCCACCAGAUUUCCAUUCCUUGCUUUUAAUAAAGCCCAAGCCUUAACUGGCCUGGCCUCCUCCUGCCUCUUCCAACUCAUUUGGUGACACAUAUCUCUAAACCAGGGCACUGAAGAGGGAAGGCAGCCAGUCUGUCAGCCAAGACUUAUAGGCACCCUUUUUCUUAUCCAGGGUCUCUGCAUAUCACCCCCCUAACUUUGCCUUGCAAAAGUGCCACCUACCUUUAGUGUCAACUCUGCUUUCUCAGGUUUCCCUCACUUGGUCAAACCCUAUCACUGGAUUCAUCUGUGAUUUCAAUUUCCUCUACUCAGCCGUGAACUCCCUGAGGGAGGAACUGUGUUCUGCUUGUGUUUCCAGCCCCUAGCACAGUGCUUUCAAUAAAUUUUUCUGAAUGCCUGAAAACACUAUUUAUUCUUUCCUGCUAUUUAAAGAGAAGAGCCAAUCUUUAGUGUACAUUCUAGUUUUAAAGAAAUAUGCAGUGAGUGGAGUAAAGAAUACCUGUGACCCAGAAAUCAGCUAGUCUAGCCAGCACGUUAUCAUUCACAGGAAUAAGUACUUAAAAAACACACAAACUUCAAGGAAGCACAUCAAAAUAUUUAAUCUUAAAAUUAUAUUCCUGGAUUAUAACAGGCAAUUAUUUCAGCACUCCUU